AUGCUUCGACCUUCUUGUCUUCUUCCCUUACUUACGUUCAUAUUCUGGUCACGCUCCACUCUUAACGGCGUCGUUUCAGAUCCACAGACCAACCUUCUUAAGAUCCAGUGCAACCCAUUCAACGAGUUCUUCGUUACCAACAUCUCCAUCUACCAUGACAACCUAAACGCAACGUUUCAAGCCAUCAGAGAGCAGAUCAGUGACCAAAACAAGCACUUCGCCACUGCACAACAGCAACGCCUUGGAGAAAACCCCAUUAUCACUCUUUUUCAGUGCAGAAACUACCUUACCAUCCCCGACUGUGUCGCGUGCUUCGAUGCCGCCGCCAUACGAAUCCGUAGCUGCGUCGCCGCCGUAGCCCCCGGUGCCCAUGUCGUCUACGACGGCUGCUUCCUCAGGUACAACUCCAAUGGUUUCUUUGACGAGACGACGCAACCUUUCAAUUUCGUAUCGUGUGGGAAUCAGACUACGGGAGAUCAAGCCAUUACCACAACAGUGCGACAGGUGCUAAUGAAUCUCCAAAUAACAACACCUCGAAUGCCUAGUUUCUUUGCAGCCACGAAGAUUAAUGUUCCAAAUAAUAAUAAUGGUACAAAUAUUUAUGCGUUUGCUCAAUGUGUUGAGACUAUCACAACCGAUGGUUGCCUUGAUUGCUUGAAGGGUAGGUUCAAUAGUAUAGAGAUUUGUCUUCCUUUUUCAGAUGGCAAUGCUUUUGAUGCUGGUUGUUUCUUGAGAUACUCCACCACUUCCUUCUUUAAUGAUACCCACACAAUUGAUAUCACGCCCAUCAUCAAACAAGGAUCAAGCAAAAAGGGGGUUACAAUUGGAGGGGUUGUUGGAGGUCUUGCUCUUGUGUUAAUCCUCGUUGCACUGUUUGCCUGGACUAGACGACCAAGAAGGAAUAAGAGGGUUCCUAGAGGAGACAUGACUGGAGCAAGCAAGUUGAAAGGUCUAGCUACUUAUAAUUAUAAUGAUUUGGUAUAUGCAACCAAGAAUUUCAGUGAAGAGUACAAACUAGGAGAAGGAGGAUUUGGGGUUGUAUACAAGGGCACUAUGAAGAAUGGGAAAGUUGUUGCAAUCAAGAAAUUAACUUUACAACAAUCCAGGAAGAUGGAAGAGGAUUUUGAAAGUGAAGUGAUGCUUAUAAGUAAUGUUCAUCAUCGGAAUCUUGUUCGGCUUCUGGGAUAUUGUAGUGAAGGGCAUGAUAGAAUCCUUAUUUAUGAAUAUAUGAAAAACAGCAGCUUUGACAAAUUCCUGUUCGAAAAGGCUGAUGUUUAUAGUUAUGGUGUUGUUAUGUUAGAAGUUAUCAGUGGUCAGAAAAGCACGGAAUUAAGGCUUGAUAAUAAUGAUGAGGGUGCAUUCCUCCUUCAAAAGGCUUGGAAACUUUAUGAGAAAGACAGGCACUUGGAAUUGGUGGACAAUACCUUAGAUCCUAAUGCCUAUGAUGCAGAAGAAGUGAAGAGAAUCAUAGAGAUUGGUUUGCUUUGCAUCCAAGCAUCUGCUGAUAGGAGACCAAUGAUGUCUGAAAUAGUUGUUUUGCUCCAAAAUAAGGACUUAUUAGAGAACAUAACGCCCACUAUGCCAAUCUUGAUUGAAGCUAAUUAG